AAAAACUGUGGUGAAAUUCUUUCAUAUAAAUAAACACACGUGUUUAUUUUGCAAAUUUUCACAAAUUCUAUUUUAUUUUAUCAAACAACAACUAAUUAAUUACAAAAUGGAUCAUCAAUUCAGUGAUGCUGAAGAAGAUGAUCUUCUUCACCAACCAAAUAUUCAAUCAACUCCUGUCGAACUAAUUGAAAAUUUCCCCAAACUCACUGUCAAACAUGUCAUGUUUUCUGGUCUUCAAGAUGAUGAUCCAAAAGAAAAUGAUAUAAAGUCAAAUAAUCCCGAGGAUAUUGAUGACAACGAAGAAGAAUACGAUGAAGACUCUGAUCAAGAUGAUUUCUAUGAUUAUGAUGAUUCUUAUACCGGCUAUCAAAAACACAACACUCAAUUGGCUCCAAAUUCAAAUGCCAACCACACAAAUGUCCAAAAACAAACACAAAAAGUCUCCAGUUAUCAGCCAAAUGAUAAAGCUCUUCGUAAAUAUUCUAGUAAAAUCAAUAUUGAAAAGUAUGAUCCACGGACAAAUAUGUCGGAUCAAGCAGCCAAUCGUUUGGUUUCAUUCGAUCGCAAAGUCGACUCGGAAAGAGUCAAAAUCAAAGACAAACACGAUCGAGCCACUGCCGAGCAAGUCAUGGAUCCUCGGACGAGAAUGAUUCUCUUCAAGUUGCUCAAUCGUGGUUUGAUUAAUGAAAUUAAUGGUUGCAUAUCGACGGGCAAAGAAGCCAAUGUCUAUCAUGCUGUCUCCAAGACAGAUCAAGAAUAUGCUAUUAAAAUUUAUAAAACAUCGAUCUUAGUCUUCAAAGAUCGUGACAAAUAUGUGUCGGGAGAGUUUCGUUUCCGACACGGUUAUUGUCGACAUAAUCCACGUAAAAUGGUUCGCACUUGGGCCGAGAAAGAAAUGCGAAACUAUUUGCGCAUGAAGAACUCGGGUGUACCUGUUCCGGAGCCAAUUGUAUUACGAAGCCAUGUCUUAGUCAUGGAAUUUUGUGGAAAAAAUGGUUGGCCUUCCCCUAAACUCAAAGACGUCGAUAUAUCGAGUUCUAAAGCUCGUGAAUUAUAUCGAGAAUGCGUUGUUAUUAUGUGGAAGAUCUACAACAAGUGUAAACUUGUUCAUGCUGAUUUGUCGGAAUUUAAUAUUCUCCUUCAGGAUGGUCAAUUAGUUAUUAUUGAUGUAAGUCAAUCAGUGGAGCAUGAUCAUCCGCAUGCAUUUGACUUUUUGCGUAAAGAUUGCACGAAUAUAUCGGAAUUUUUCCGAAAGAAGUCUGUUGCCACGAUGACUGUGAAAGAGUUGUUUGACUUUAUCACAGAUCAAACUAUUAACGAUGAGAAUAUGGAAGAAUGUUUGAAUGAAAUCUCGGAGAGGAUAAAGGAUCGUGAUUUUGAUCAAUUGACUGCACAGGAGAAGAUCGAUGAAGCAGUUUGGCAGGGGACUUACAUACCCAAACGAUUGGAUGAAGUUGUUCAUUUCGCUCGUGAUAUUGACAAAGCCAAAUCGGGAGAGAAACCUUCACUUAUUUACAGUAAAAUCACAGGUUUAACAUCGGAUUUGAAUGUUCAAACGAAACCUGAUAUCUUAGCUGAUUCAAAUAGUGAAGAUGGAGAAGAAGAUGAUGAAGAAUCUGGUAGUGAGGAAGAGAGUGAUGGUAGUGCUGAUGGAGAUAAAAAGAAAAAUAAAAAAACAUCAGCUCGUCCAAGAGAUGAAUCACCAGAAUCGAAAAAGGCUAGAAAAAAGGCUAUCAGAGAAGCCAAGGCAGAUCAGAGAAAAGUUAAAGUGAAAAAACACAUCAAAAAGAGGAAAGAGAAACUUGGUUCGAAGAAGUAAACCAAAAAUGAUGAAUGGAAUUGAUGUGAUGUAAAAAAUAUUUUAGUUUUUUAAUAAAAUAUAAACAAAAUUUGGAA